UUCACCGCCAGACUGUCUUCUGUGCAGAUCUACUCGAUCAGCUGGUGGAGUCGACAAGGGAAAGAUUACCGGCUGUAAUCUUUCAGGGUUUUACUCUUCUGACUAAAGCAAUUCGCCGCGAGUCUAUCGGACCAAUAUGGAGAACCGAAAACGGCAGUUGGAGGCAGUUGUGACCGACAACCACUGCUUCAAAACGCCGGAGAAAAGGGUGUCAUUGGUCCGGCUGCUGGACUCCGACUACAUGCGAUGGGGAGUGGAAGAUACAUGUCAGUACCUGCGAAGAGAAGAUCUCGUAGAGUGGGAAGAUAUAUUUAAAGCACAAAAGAUCACAGGUGUUGGGCUGCGGUAUCUCAGUGACUCUGAUCUGGAGAAGAUUGGUAUAAAGUGCCUUGGUGACCGUCUGAAGAUCCUUCAUAGCUUCAGGAAGCUGUGGCAGAUAGGAGCAGAGCCAAAUAAGGUGUUUAAUGAUCCUAUUCACGGGCAUGUGGAGUUGCACCCUCUUCUCGUCAAAAUCAUCGACACGCCUCAGUUCCAGAGACUACGAAACCUCAAGCAGCUCGGAGGGACCUAUUAUGUUUUCCCCGGAGCAUCCCACAACCGGUUUGAACACAGCAUUGGAGUGGGACACUUGGCAGGGCGGCUCGUAGAAGCUCUGAACGAGAGGCAGCCAGAGCUCCUCAUCUCUCGCAGAGACAUCCUUUGUGUGCAGAUCGCUGGGCUCUGCCAUGACCUGGGUCAUGGGCCAUUCUCCCAUAUGUUCGACAGCAAGUUCAUCCCCAGAGCACGUCCAGGAAUUUCCUGGAAGCAUGAGAACGCCUCUCUGAGCAUGUUCGACUACCUGGUGAAGGAUAAUGGCCUGAAGCCGGUGAUGGAGCAGCACGGCCUGGUGCUGCCCGAGGACCUGGACUUCAUUAAGGAACAGAUUGCUGGACCACCGAACUCUGUUUCAGUUCAAGACCAGAAGUGGCCAUAUAAAGGCCGUCCAGAAGACAAGUCCUUCCUUUAUGAAAUCGUGGCCAACAAAAGGAACGGCAUUGAUGUGGACAAAUGGGAUUACUUUGCCAGGGACUGCUACCACCUGGGCAUCAAGAACAACUUUGACCAUGGCCGCUUCAUAAAGUUUGCCAGGGUGUGUGAGGUGGACGGGCAGAAGCACAUCUGCACUAGAGACAAGGAGGUGGGCAAUCUGUAUGACAUGUUCCACACGAGGAACUGUCUCCACAGAAGAGCCUACCAGCACAAAGUGGGCAACAUCAUAGAGACUAUGAUCACAGAAGCCUUUUUAAAGGCAGACAAGCACAUCCAGAUUGAAGGCUCCGGAGGGAGGAAGUUCACCCUCUCCACAGCCAUAGAUGACAUGGAGGCCUACACCAAGCUGACAGAUCAUGUGUUUGAAAGAAUUCUCCACUCUUCCUCUCCGGAGCUGGCUGAGUCGAGGCAGAUUCUACGCAACAUCGUCUGUCGACGCCUCUAUAAAUGUCUGGGCCAAACUCAGGCAGAGCAACCCUUGAGUGUCACCCCGGAGACAAUUCGCAAAUGGGAAGAAGAUCUGGCUAAAUCCCUCCGUCAGAGCUGCUCUAAGGAUGGCAGGCUGCAGCCGGAGGACUUUGUAGUUAGUGUCAUCUAUAUGGACUAUGGCAUGAAGGAUAAGAACCCCAUCAACAAUGUGCGUUUUUAUUGCAAAGAUGACUCGUCCAAAGCCAUCCAGAUCCGCAAGAACCAGGUGUCUAAACUUCUCCCAGAGCAGUUUGCUGAGCAGCUCAUCAGGGUUUACUGCAAGAAGACCGACGACAGGAGUCUAGAGGCUGCCAAGAAACACUUUGUCCAGUGGUGCAUCAACAUGAACCUCUCAAAGCCUCAGGAUGGAGACAUAAUAGCACCUGAGCUGACGCCUCAGAAACCCAGCUGGUCGAACAACAAUGAGGGCGAGGGCAGUGAGAGUGGCGGCUCCACGGAGGUAAACUGUGCUACUGUGAAUGGACAGAAGAAAGCCAAAGUUCAGCUGUUUAAAUGAGUUUCUACGACCAAAUAAAUUGUUUCCAACUAUAAAGAUAGUUGUUACAUACUAAGGGCCUUUACUCAGGGUUUUUACACAGAUCACUCAAUAUCAUACACAUCUUUGUUUUAGUUUGAUCAUUUUUAAUCAGGUUUUUAUUUUGGACUCUUAACAUUUGAAACUUGGGGUCAAGUUUUAAAUUGGUUUAUUGUUUUCUACUAUCAUGCCUGUGUGUUAUGAUCAAUAAAUCAUGGUCAAUUUGAAUGUUUUACUCUGAACAUGCGCACAGUAUAUUUCAGGGCAGCAUUUGAUUACAGCAUCCAACAACAUUGUGUUUUCUUUUCACAAAACUACCAGGGUUGAGUACGUUACAGCUGCUGUCAGAGGUUUCUGUGAGCACACAGAUUCUGACAUCUAAAGUGAGCAUUUGUUUUAACCUCACUUUGGUUUGACCUUUCUUUGAAAUAUAUGUAUUUAAGUUCUGGUUGAGUGUGUUGUGCCGUGCUUUAUUUAUUAUUCUUACAGUAAGUAGCUAAAGUUGUUCAUUAGGGUUUUUUUCAAGUUAUUGAUCUGUGUAACAUUUACAUAAAUGGGAUUUUUGAUACCAUCUAAACAUGUUUCCCCCUUCAAAAUGUGAUGUGAUCUUUCCUCAUAGCUGGUUGUUUUAUUUUGCUGAUUGUGUAAAAAAAAAAAACAGUGCUAGUGGGAAAUUUACCAAGGGAAAAAAAAAAAAACAUUUGUAUUCCUAUUGAAAGGAGUUGAAAAGUGAAAGUGAAAAUAAAACUCUUUCUCUCA